UCUCGCAGCUCCCCUGGGCCCCGCCUCCUCCAGGGGCCGGGCGAUGGGCGGGCAAGGGGGCUGGGGGGUUAAAGGGAGGCCGGCCCGGGAGUGGGCUGCCUCUGCCCGCGUCACCCUAUCCCCUCAGCCCCGCCGCGGCAGAGGACGCGCCUUGGAUCCAGGUCGCACGGGGCGGCCCAGACUCCAGAGGUUUGGAAAAGCGUUUUGGCCCAGAACUCACUAAGAACUAUUCCAAAAUAGAAGGACAUAAGGAAUGCACUCCGACUAGCUUGGCCUGAAAGUAGGAAGUGAGAAGAGAGUUAUAGACCAGUUGCACUGAGGAAUGAAGAGCUGCUGUGCGUAUUCACCAAUCUGAUUGACUUUCCCAGGGAGGCUGAAACAUCUAUCUCCAGAAAUGUCUUUGAAAAAUAAAGAGCAAGAUGACCAAUACAGUCCUCCAUCUAGGAUCCAUCUGGAGCAUGAAGAGGAAUCACAUAAUGACUUCCAGCAAUUUGAGACCAAUGAUCAAUGCAGACCUCAUGCUAGGAUCCAUUUGGAGCCUCAAGAGAAACCGGAUACUAACUUCAAGCAAUUUGUCAUCAAAAAACUAGAGAAGAGUUGCCAGUGCAAUUCAACCAAAGCCAGAAAUAUCAUUUUCGGCUUCCUUCCUGUUUUGCAGUGGCUCCCAAAAUAUAAUCUGAAGAAAAACAUUUUAGGAGAUGUGAUGUCUGGCUUGAUUGUGGGCAUCUUAUUGGUGCCCCAAUCCAUUGCUUAUUCUCUCCUGGCUGGCCAAGAACCUAUCUAUGGUCUGUACACAUCUUUUUUUGCCAGCUUCAUUUAUUUCCUACUGGGUACCUCCCGUCACAUUUCUGUGGGCAUUUUUGGAGUACUGUGCCUUAUGAUUGGUGAAGUAGUUGACCGAGAGCUAUACAAAGCUGGCUACGACACUGCCCAUGUUACUUCUUCUUUAGGAGUGGUUUCAAAUGAGAGCACAUUAUUAAGCCAGCCAUCAGGCAAGAUAUGUGACAAAAGUUGCUAUGCAAUUAUAGUUGGCAGCACUGUAACCUUUAUGGCUGGAGUUUAUCAGGUAGCGAUGGGCUUCUUUCAAGUGGGCUUUGUUUCAGUCUACCUCUCAGAUGCCUUGCUGAGUGGAUUUGUCACUGGUGCCUCCUUCACAGUUCUUACAUCUCAGGCCAAGUAUCUCCUUGGACUCAGCCUUCCUCGGAGUAGUGGCGUGGGAUCACUCAUCACUACUUGGAUACAUAUCUUCAGAAACAUCCAUAAGACCAAUAUCUGUGAUCUCAUCACCAGCCUUUUGUGCCUUUUGGUUCUUUUGCCAACCAAAGAACUCAAUGAGCGCCUCAAGUCCAAACUUAAGGCACCUAUUCCUACUGAACUCUUUGUUGUUGUGGCAGCCACAUUAGCCUCUCAUUUUGGAAAACUAAAUGAGAAAUACAAUACCAGUAUUGCUGGACAUAUUCCCACUGGGUUUUUGCCACCCAAAGCACCGGACUGGAACUUAAUUCCUAAUGUGGCUGUAGACGCAAUAGCUAUUUCUAUCAUUGGGUUCGCUAUUACUGUAUCACUUUCUGAGAUGUUUGCCAAGAAACAUGGCUACACAGUCAAAGCUAAUCAGGAAAUGUAUGCCAUCGGCUUUUGCAAUAUCAUUCCUUCCUUCUUCCACUGCUUUGCUACUAGUGCAGCUCUUGCAAAGACAUUGGUUAAAGAAUCCACAGGCUGUCAAAGUCAGCUUUCUGGUGUGGUGACAGCUCUGGUUCUUUUGUUGGUCCUCUUGGUAAUAGCUCCUUUAUUCUAUUCCCUUCAGAAAAGUGUCCUUGGUGUGAUCACUAUUGUGAAUCUCCGGGGAGCCCUACGUAAAUUUAAGGAUCUGCCAGAGAUGUGGAGGAUUAGCAGAAUGGAUACAGUUAUCUGGUUUGUUACUAUGCUGUCCUCUGCACUGAUAAGUACUGAAAUAGGCCUGCUCGUUGGGGUUUGUUUUUCUCUGUUUUGUGUCAUCCUCCGCACUCAGAAGCCAAAGACUUCAUUGCUUGGUGUGGUGGAAGAGUCUGAAAUCUUUGAAUCCAUGUCUGCCUACAAGAACCUUCGGGCUAAGCCAGGCAUCAAGAUUUUCCGCUUUGUAGCCCCUCUCUACUACAUAAACAAAGAAUAUUUUAAAUCUUCCUUAUACAAAAAAACUCUCAACCCAGUCUUAGUAAAGGCAGCUCAGAAGAAGGCAGUAAAGAGAAAGAUCAAAAAGGAAACAGCACCUCUCAGUGGAAUCCGGGAUGAAGUUUCAGUGCAACUUUCCCAUGAUCCCUUAGAGUUCCAUACCAUAGUGGUUGACUGUAGUGCAAUACAAUUUUUAGAUACAGCAGGGAUCCAUACACUGAAAGAAGUUCGCAGAGAUUAUGAAGCCAUUGGCAUCCAGGUUCUGCUGGCUCAGUGCAAUCCCUCUGUGAGGGAUUCCCUGGCCCGGGGAGAGUACUGCAAAAAGGAAGAAGAAAACCUUCUGUUUUAUAGUGUAUAUGAAGCAAUGACUUUUGCAGAAGACUCUCAAAAUCGGAAAGAUAUAUAUGUUCCCAAUGGUCUGAGUUUUUCCAGUGAUUGAUUGAGAAAGUAAAUAGAAGGAAGAACACUGUCUAGCCCCAGAGGUUAAAAUUUCAAGUUUUUUAACAUUUUAUACUGUGGAACUGGAAAUUGUUGCACACUAGAAAUUUUAACCUUUUGGCUCGACAGAAUUCUUCCUUUGAAAGUGAUGGCCUUUGUAGAUACACGGAUGCAGCAGAGCUUUUAGUUAGGCAGAAUCAAAAAGAAGAAAAUACUGUGCUUUUAAACUUUCUUGCAAAUAUGAGUAUUCUUGGAAUUAAAUAAAUAUCUAUUGAAUUGAACUGUAAAGUAGCCCCAAAACUUAAUUACCAUCUUGUUUUAGGAGAUUUGCAUCUGGACUGUUCCUUCUCCAGGAGGUAAAGGGAUAAAGUUGGCAUUUACAUGAGAAGUGCUGGAGCCUGUUCGGCAUGGCUCUUUGGAGAGGGAGUAGAAAGGAAGUAGGGAGAGAAUGUUGUGUGUGCUCUCCUAACAGCAGGUCAAGAGGCUUCUGGGGUAACGGUAGUACCUAGACAAGCUUGUUCUCACUUGUAAUUCUCUAUUCCCUGUCUUUGCCCCCCAGAUGGCAGUCGGAUCUCUGGCUUUUAAUAAGAAAGCACCAUUCCUCUCGGGCACAGUCUUAUCAGGAGUCUCAUGGCUGAGCAGGUUUGUGAAAUCCUACCAGCCAGCCCCAUAUUAUACAGAACGCUCUUGGUGAUACAUUUGAUGUUUUUAGUCAGCCUUUUUGUUUAGGGUAAGUAGGUAAGAAAAGAGCUCUUCAUAAUCGGCCAACAUAAUGAGAAUCCUCUGUCUCUUCUGUGAUCCCUAUCUGUCGCUGUUUCUGAGUAUUUCUCUACCAUUAAGCUCUGUUUUAACUUUCAGUCAUUUAGUGUGUUUCCCAUGGAAUCUGUCCUAAACUGCUAUGUCUGAUUACCAGUGAGUGACAAGUUUGCCAGAUAAAAGGCAAAAUGCUGACUCAGCAAUUUUAUGUAGCCUUUUAAAUGAGCUUGAGGCAAACUGUUCAGGACAAAUUACAAAAAGGAAUGAUUGACAGCUUCCCUUAAGACUGUUUAUUUAGCAGUGAAUUUUUUUUUCUUUCUCAUUGUAUUUUAGCAAGGGUCAGCUGGGAAUUGACAGUCUUUCUCAUAUUUGAGAAGCUGCUGUUCAUCUUUACUCUGCAAGAAAAAUUUAUUAUAACCAAUGGAAAAGAAUUCAUAGAAGUGAUAAGAGUGCUUCCAAAAGAACAUCAAUAAUUGUAGAUGUUUUAGUGAAACAAAGCUAAUGCUUACUGCCAUGUACCCUAUUGAUGUACAAUAAAUAUUGAUGACAGUGACAGCAUUUAACUCUUUAGGCCACCUCAAACUAUUAUGUAAGAGAAUUUAGAAGCAUCACAUUUAUACAACCUAAGUUCUGUGGGUGUAUUAUUUAUGAUAGCUGGUCACAGGUUUUGGCCCAGAAAUACUUCCUUUUGAAAAGCAAGUAUGUCUGACAUUGAAAGCUUAUAGUUCUGUAUCUGUACUUUUAAGGGCGUGGAAAAAAACACACAGGUUUUCCAAAGUUAGGACUAGUUGAUGUGAAAUUGAAACAUUUAGCACACCAUUUUAAACAAACAAGAUAAAAAUUGCAAAAGUGAAAAACCAUUUUUAACCCACUCCUACAUUCUAAACAGUUUAAAUAUUUAUAAGAAGCAAAGCCUAUGUGUAGGGCAUCUAUUGGAGUGGAAGACUUUGAACCAUCUUUCUUGUUGGCUCCAUAAACUGCAAGUGUUGCUUUUCUUUUGGUAGAGCUCUGCCCAUCAGUUUACAUGAAAAAUGCCUUUCUGUUAUUAAAACAAAGCAAUUUCUUAGCUAGAUUUCUGUCUUUGAGGUGACUGACAACAUGAUUAAAUGUAAUAGUGUUCUGAGUUUUAACAUCCUUUUAGAACUUAAGUCUAGAAUUUCAGAAAUGUUAACUGCUGUUUGUAUUUGUGUCUUUUGCUUAUUGUUUGUAGCCAGUAUUUGCUGUUUCUCUCCAGUCUUAUGAAUAGUAAUAGUAAAAUCAGAGUGUCUUGGUUGUCAUUUGUUUCUAACCCCUCUUGUACCUCCACAAGCCAGGUUUGAAUCCAGAUCAUUGUAGAUAUCCAGUGCCAUGUGACAGAGUAAUGAGUACAUGUUCAAGACGACUCUAUAAUUUAGCAAACCCUAACACAGCAAAAAAACCCCACAAAAAACCAUAGAAUUUGGAAAAUCUCUUAAAAGAACAGAGUAACAGGGUUUGUCUUUUACGUGCCAUUUCUGUCCAUAACGUGGAUAUAAGCAAUUCUGGAACUUUAUGCAGUUAGCAGAUUCUUGAAUUGUGUUCUGGUUUGUUCUUCUGCCACCUACCCAAACAAACAAGAGAUUCUGCUCUUGAAAGCCAUUUGUAAAAAUAUUUAAGGUAUCACUAGAAUUUAAAUCUUACCUUCUCUGCCUGGUUUGAAGUCUGCCUAUACUUACAUGUUCAGAUUUUUUGAUUGCUGGUAUUUAAAGGAAUCAAACCUGAAACCAAAAUCUAAUUCACCAAUGAAACUAACAUAUUUCGUUUGCUUUCUUACUCAAGGGUUUGGACUUUAAUUCAUUAGGUGAUAUUUUACACACUUUAAUGAUACGAAGAUAUCAUGCUUACUCUAAACUUUAGAGUCUAAAUGAAGCAUAUUUGCAUUGCUUAUUGAUAAAUAUACAAAAUUCUGAAUAUCUUAAAUUGGUCGUUUAAUUGAAAUAUGUGUACACUCUUGAUGGUUAAAACAACCAGAGGGGUGGAGUGGGCCAGUGCACUGAGAGACUAAGGGUAACAUUCAAGAGACAGAUGAAGGGAAUAGACCAUUGAAAAGACUAUCUCUGACCAAACAAGGGAUAAAAGAGAGAGACUCAGUUGACUAGGAUCCAAUCCCUGGUUAGCCACGCACAACAGUAGGAAGACCAGGAUUAAGAGCCUCACCUUAGUUUGAAAGCAAGCUCAGAACUGGAUUCUGCUUCCAGAAGGGGAGGGCACAGAUUCACCAAAGCUGAAAGAGCUGGUAGCCAAGGUUGGGGCCAAAGCCCAGGUUGACCUACUCCAGAGCACUAGACUGAGUGACUGUAGCCUCUGAUGGUAGUAAAAUUGACAGAUGCCUAGUUGACUUUUUUUUUUUUUUUUAAAGAAGGAUCAAAGGAAAACACAAUUUGGAUAGUCUGACUUAGCUUUUAAACGUUAGUAGACUGAAGCCAAAAUUUGUUGGUAAAUUUACAGCAUGGUAAAUGGUGAUCUUUGAACUGUGUCAGGGUGUCAGAUGAGUUCAUUAGGCUAUUCUAAUGCUAAUGACCACAUUUUAACAAGAACAGUAAUUCUCUGCGUGGGUAUUCUCUUAGUAAUUUGUCAUUUAAGAUCACACAGUCUGGGUGUUAGCCCGGAUCUUAAUAUAAAAGUAAGAAAAGUGUUACAGUGAAUUUCUUGGGAACUUAAAUUGAGCCUAGAAGUUAUUAUGAUAAAUUCAAGCUUUGUGAUCCUUAUUAAUGUUCUUAAUGAAUUGUUUUCCUCUGUGUGUUGCUAUAGAUGAGCCAUAACAUCAAUGUAGACAAUACCUCAAAUACUUCCGGAGGACCUAUGCAGGAGUCUAGGGCCAGGUGCUGGGACUACAGUACUAAAUCCAGUAGGUGGGCUCUAUGCUAACUCUUUUAGUAACACAUGGCGACACUUGGAGGUGCUUUAUGGAGGGGCUAAGCUGAGCUUGGACUGAGGUCUGAGCAGGAGGCAGGCAGUUGAGGCGAAUAAGGACGCCCCUGGUCUGUUCAAGGAAUGAUUGUACAGUGACAAGGUAAGAAUCCUACCGAUAGGAUUUAGACUUUGCUUAAUUUUUCUGUUCUUUAAUGUUUCUCUUUUUUUCUUCUACUGUUUUAUCUGUUCUAGUGAUGCCUUAUUUGAAAUUGGGCUUUAAGAACUGCAAAAAGGAAGAAAUUGGAUCUAGAAGGCUUUUAGGCUCUGAACUAAUUUGGCUUUUUUUUUUUUUUUUUUUUUGGUGUAAGGAUUUUAGAUAAUCAUGAGUGGAAUCAUUCAUUUGAGUGCUAAUAACAAGAAUGAAAAUUGUAAUGCAAUAGGCCAAAAUAAUAUACCAGCUAGUUUGUUAUCAUAGCCUAUUAUUAAAGUAAAAUACUGUAAGUAUACAAUUUUAGGGUUUUUUUUUUUGAAUGUUAGUAACUUUAGAAAUGGAGAAUUUAGAUGUAGGAGUGGGAGAAAUUUAUUUUUAUAAGGUUAUUUUUAUCCUGACAAGGACUAUUUUUUAAAAAAGGGUUUUGCACCUGAAAUUUUAAAGUAAACAUGUUAAAUACAGUUAUACCAAAUAGUGGAGUUUUUGGCAUGUAUUUUAUUUUUCUCCUAGUGAUAUAAGAUAGGAAGGAGAUAUUGAAUUAUGAAAACUGGAAUGAUGAAGGACACUAAAUGCUUUUAUGGGAGCUACCAUGUUUGUAAAUCUAUGCUGGAACAUUGUAUAACCUUCCUUGGAUUUGAAUUAUGGCUCCGAAAUUGGCCAAAUAAUUAUAAUCUUCUUAAAAAUACCAAUGACAGAAUUUCUAACUGAAGGUUUUCACUUGGCAAACAGACAAGCAGCCUUAGCCAGAAAGGAUUUUUAGCUGCAGUUUUAAGAAACUUAUUUUAGGGAAGUUCUUUUCCCACACCCCAUUCCCCAUCCCUAAAAUAAGUUACUUGGAAUGAAACUGCUCUUGCCUUUUCAAUUCAAAUCAGUUGGGAAGUUACUGUUUGAGUUCUGAUGCUGCCAUGAUUUCUCAAAAAUUAGUGUGAACAAACCAGUCUGUAUAAAACGCUACCGUUUUUGGUCUCCUCUGCAAUUUUGUAUACAAAUCAAGACAAUAUCAGGGUGAGAGGUGAAUGAACUUAAAAUCUCAGUCUUGUUUAUUCACUAAAAAAGUAUACUGCCUUUUUUUUUUUUUACAAUUUAUUCAAGGCUAAUGACUUUGGGGAAUAUGUUUCAUACCAUGUAUAUCUUUUUAAAUUAAAGCAAGUGCCUUGAUGCUAUUCCACAUAAAUCUUGCUUAACCCUCUAUGGGAUGAGGAUGAGUUAUUGAUGGAUUACAGUCUACUGCAGGAGAGGGGGAAUUGGUUAAUAGCAGAUCCUUUUCAUCUGGGAUCUAUUUGUGAUUGUUUAUUAUAUAAGAUCCUAUAUGUGUUGUGAUCUAGAGGUGUCAUUUCAU